AUGAGUCUUACAGAAGCCACAGCCAAUAUGUCACUUCAAGAUGACAAUACACAGACGAAACGGGUGGAUUACAUCAGCUGGCAGGAUUAUUUUAUGGCAGUAGCAGUUUUGGCAGCAAAACGGAGCAAAGAUCCAAAGAGACAAGUUGGGGCAUGUAUUGUCAAUGAUGAGAAAAGAAUUGUAGGCAUUGGGUACAAUGGAAUGCCUAAUGGCUGCAGUGAUGAUGAAUUUCCAUGGGGAAGUAAAAAACAUCAUUUUGUAUGCCAUGCAGAAAUGAAUGCCAUUGUCAACAGCAACUCUGUUGUGAAAAAUUGCACAAUCUAUGUGAGUCUCUUUCCAUGCAACGAAUGUGCUAAGAUCGUUAUACAGUCAGGAAUCAAGAAAGUUAUUUAUCUAUCAGACAAGAAAGCAUAUAAAGAUGAAUACAAAGCUUCUAGAAAAAUGUUAAACGCAGCCAAAGUAGAACUUGAGCAAUAUAAAACAAAUCAAAACAAGAUUGAAAUCGACUUUACAAUUGAAGGUGAUAUGAUGAGCCCCUAG